GGUACCACCAGGUUUAAGCUCCCUCAAACCGUAAGCUACAGUGAGGAAGAUGUGAAGCUUGCUCACUAUAUCUUUGCUGAAGAUCUUCCACCUGACGAACCCUUGGUCCAAACUAUGAUGGAAGUUUAUAGCCGGAAGACAUUGUGGAGCUUAUGCCCUGACUCAUGUGUCCAUGCCGAUGUAAUUACAGCAUUAGCUUGCCACUUGACCCUUGACGAACUUUGGAGGGAUGCUGAUCGUGGAAAACGGGUGUGCUUUCUGCCUACAGAAUUCCAGGACCUUGUCAUGAAUUGUGGCAUGACACCUACUAUUGCAUUAGAGGCAUUCCAUACAAAAUUCCUUUCAAAAGCUCUAAACUGCAGAAAGGUGUGUCUGCCCAUGCAAGAUACUAUGGAUGAUGGAGGAAUUCAUUGGUUUUUAGCUAUUAUUUUAGUGGACAAGAAACAAGUCCAAAUCCUGGAUUCGUUUCCAUCUCAGGAGCGG